UUAAUAACCUCGUGUUUGAUUAUUGUUUAAAAAAAUGUAAUGAAGCGUGCAUAUGACGCAAAUGACAGAUGACUGAUGACUGAUGAGAAACGAGAAAUGUGAGCAUGAAAUGAAAGUUAUGGAAGGCGCAAUGGCAGAGAAAUGGAUAGAAAUAGUGAUAUGGGUUGUAAUUUCAACGUCAUUAAUGCGAAAUGGAAGUGGAACUAAAGAGUGCAGUUUCCCAGCCAUUUUCAACUUGGGAGAUUCCAACUCUGAUACAGGCGGUAUCUCAGCAGCGUUCGGGCAAGCACCUCCCCCCAACGGAAUCACUUUUUUCCACUCUCCUCACGGACGCUUCUCCGAUGGUCGUCUCAUUAUCGAUUUUUUAGCCAAUACCUUCGACUUGCCUUUUCUCAGUGCUUACUUGGACUCCGUGGGCUCUAACUUCACUCACGGUGCCAAUUUCGCAACCGCCGGCUCCACCGUAAGACCUCAGAACACAACUAGGUCUCAGAGCGGAUACAGUCCCAUUUCCCUAGAUGUUCAGUUUCAGCAGUUCUCUGAUUUCAAAACCAGAUCCAAUCUCCUUCGCAAGCAAGGAGGGGUGUUUAAGGAAUUAUUGCCCAAGAAGGAGUAUUUUUCUCAGGCUCUAUAUACCUUUGAUAUUGGCCAAAAUGAUCUCACUGCUGGCUACAAACUCAACUUAACCACAGAACAAGUCAAAGCAUAUAUACCUGAUGUAUUGGGCCAGUUCUCCGAUGUCAUAAAGGGUGUGUAUGGGAAAGGUGGAAGGUCGUUUUGGAUACACAACACAGGCCCAUUGGGAUGCCUGCCAUACAUGCUGGACCGCUAUCCCAUGGAACCAGCCCAAAUGGAUGAGUUUGGGUGUGCCAAACCAUUCAACGAGGUGGCCCAAUAUUUUAAUUACAAACUGAAAGAAGCUGUUGAGCAACUAAGGGAGGAAUUGCCAGAGGCUGCAAUCACCUAUGUUGACGUGUAUACAGUGAAGUACACCCUCAUCAGCGAUGCCCAAAAAUACGGUUUUGAGCAUGGUGUGAUAGCAUGCUGUGGACACGGUGGAAUAUACAACUUCGAUAACAAAGCGAGAUGUGGAGCAACCAAAAGGGUGAAUGGGAAAGAGAUUGUGAUAGCCAAAUCGUGCAAAGAUCCAAGUGUGAGGAUUAUUUGGGACGGAAUCCAUUACACCGAAGCUGCGAAUAAUUGGAUCUUCCAACAAAUAGUCAAUGGCUCCUUCUCAUAUCCACCUUCCCCUUUAAAAAUGGCUUGUUAUGGUCAUUCAUUCAUCCAUCCCCAGUGAUCAAUCAAUCCAUUAGGAGAUAUAAAUUCACGUUCUUGUAAGAGUGAAUUUUGAUCCCUGAGCUUAACAGGUUUUAUAAAGUGUUUACCGAAUUAUGUU